AUGACUGUUACCAUCAAAAAGGCUGGUGAGGCGGUCGCCAAGCAAGUGAUUCAAAGUGGAUCCAAAGCAGCAGCUGCCAAGGGAAGCCCCAGCAUCAAGCUGACCGAACCCCGUGCUGUGACCAAGGAAGAGGCUCAAAAUGUUGUCCCCAGCAAGGAGAGUGUAAAAACCACCAUGAUGCCCUGGAGAGGUUGGGUUGAUCGAGUUAUGAAGGAUAAGUUGAGCGAAAAAACUUACAAGGGCAUCCGUGACUUUGCUUACUUUAUGCCCGAUGGACCUUACGAUGUUAUGGAGCAAAUGCCUUCCCCGGCAACCAAGGUUCCAAUCUCUCAGGAUGGCGAAGCAGCUUCCUUCCGCGAAGUCUCUCCCGGAUCCCAAGGUUUCGUUGACAUUCCUAAGUUCGACCUUGAUGAUGAUCCAUAUGAUUCUGCCUACUUUAAGACGGACACUCGUCGCCGUUACAUAGAUCCUGAAAACCCGCACCCCGAAAUUGAGGAUUUGAAGUUGGCCAUGCAAGAUCCUAACGACCCUGAAGUGCAAGAUGCCAAGGCCAAGCUUGCUGCUGGACCAGGAUCGUCGAAGGGAAACGGAGGUAACUUCCCUACCGGUCCUUCCGACUUUGAUCCAAGUGGAUUGAGAGCUGUCAUGAGUGUCACUCAAGCCGCAAUUGAUGAGGAGUUGGACAAACACAUGCCCGAUCACCUUCCGGAAUCAGUCUGGACUGCAAAGGACGAGGAACUGAUUAAAUGGUACAAGGACAACGACCUUCCAGUUCCAAUCGGUGGAAACUGGAACUACAUUAGCAAGCACCGCCGGGUGGCUCGAUGGUAA